AAAACCUAAUCAGACCUUCUAUCUCAGGAGAGUCAGACGGCGAACGCCCCCCUCUCUCUCUCUCUCCGGCACUCUCUUUACGGCCGGCCGUCCUUCUUCACCGGGGCCGUCUCCACCGGCCGGCAGCUCUCUCGUUCGUUCUUCACCGGCGCCCACCACCAAGCAGUGUUGCUGCCCACCACCCGACCUAUCUCUCAACUUCACGAGGUUGUGUAUUCAAUCGGCCAUUGGGCUUCUAGAGGCUUCUCUCCUUGGAUCCCAAGGCCAUACUACACAAAAACGUUUGAAUCAAAACGCAGAAAGGAAAUAGGAGAGCAUAAGCGCACAAGGAGAAACGUAGGAUGUCGUACUUGCUACCACACUUGCACUCUGGAUGGGCCGUAGAUCAGGCCAUCCUGGCUGAGGAAGAGCGACUCGUCAUCAUCCGCUUCGGCCACGACUGGGACGAGACAUGCAUGCAGAUGGAUGAAGUGCUAGCAUCUGUUGCCGAGACAAUUAAGAACUUUGCUGUUAUUUAUCUUGUGGACAUCACGGAGGUGCCCGAUUUUAACACAAUGUACGAGCUGUAUGACCCAUCCACUGUCAUGUUCUUCUUCAGGAACAAGCACAUUAUGAUUGACCUUGGCACUGGAAAUAACAACAAAAUUAAUUGGGCUCUCAAAGACAAGCAAGAGUUCAUUGACAUUGUGGAGACGGUUUACCGUGGGGCAAGGAAGGGACGGGGUCUGGUGAUUGCUCCAAAGGACUACUCCACCAAGUACCGCUACUAAGUCCAUGUGCAAGUUGUAUUUGACUUGAGGUUUGUAAGAUCAGAUCUUGAAAAUCUGUUGCAUAAUAUUGCACAUUCUCUGGAAGUUAAUUCGAAAAUUUGUAAGAUUGGAUCUUAAUAACCUAUUGCUUGAAACUUGAAUUCUCUAAAAAUCAAUGUUUGGGGAUAUCCUUGAUUCAAGGAGUUUCACAAGGAGUUCUUUACAUCGGAAA